AUGCUACCUAACAACCUAGCUAUGAGGUGCCUGGCAUAUAUAAGAGGCUCAAACCGUCACCUCAUCGCUAUAUCAGAAGACAUCAUCACUCACUCCAACGACAUUCGCUCCGAAUAGUAUAACCGAUAUACCAAGAAAUAAUAAUCUCUAAUCAGUAAUCAAGAUGCUCGCCAUCACCACCAUCAUCGCUGCUUUGGCUCUUGCCGCCAACCAGGUCUUCGCCGCGCCGACUCAGACUUCUCAGUUACUCGCGCGCCAGGGCUACACCUCUGAUUGCUCCAAGACGUACUCGGUGGCUACAGGAGAUACCUGCAUUGGCAUCGUUGACAAACUCGGCGACACCUUCACGCUCUCCCAAUUCUACACAUGGAACCCCCAAGUAGCAAGCGACUGCCACAACCUGUUCCCGGGCGAGGUAGUCUGCGUCGGCGUGACCGCGACGGCGCCGACGACGUGCCCGGCGCCCACGCAGCCCGGGAUCGCCGCCAACUGCGACGCCUGCUACACCGUCGUCGAGGGCGACACGUGCUACGCCGUCACCACGGCCAAGGGCAUCUCGCUCGCCAAUUUCCUGGCCUGGAACCCGAGCGUGAAUGCUGCGUGCACGAAUCUGCAGCUUGGGUAUAAUUACUGCGUUGGUGUUUCGUCUUAGGUAGAUAGGGAAGGGUUUGGGAUGGGAAGUGGCGGGGGGUUGGAUGGAUGGGGGUUUAAAGGGGGAGGACUUGCCUGCCUAUGGUCGACUUAUUAACUCCCGAGGCACCUAGUUGGGUGCCUUUAACGUAAUUAAGUAUAGGCGGGAAGGGAAUCGAAAAGUUCAACCUUAAGCUGCAAACAAAGAUUGCUUGAAAGAACUUUCAGAAUUGUGAUACCUAUAUUGAAGCCCCUUAUACCAAGUAACCAAACACAAGGAUUGAUAGAUGGCAGUAACCUACUUCGCCCUUAGCAUGUGUCUUAUAACUUUAUUCAAAGAGAUGGGAUAUAGUAUAUGGCCUGCGCUGUCGAAGCUGUUUCCUUUUGCUCGAAGGUAGGUUCAUAUGGAUUAGAAAUAGCUAUCUCAUAGUAGAGAGCACAUGAGCAUGACCUAUCGGGAGUCAUGAGAUUGACGUUGGUAAAAGAUUCUCAAUAUGUUAGUCACCCAUGUAUUUUGAUAUGUUGAAUAAGAUCACUCAACACUUCAGUGCCUAAGUAGGCAGUGUGUCUAGUUACUUACUGAAAUCGUUU